GCUGAUGUGGAGAGAAGCCCAGGGUACCACUAAUUGAGGGAGUGAGGAAGGGAGCAGCUCGCAUCUAACUGGACUGCAGUGUCCUGAGCUGGCGUUAGACCCACCCUAACUUUCACAAGGACUCAGCUCUCACAUUUGGGAAAACAUGACCCUCGCAGCCUACAAAGAGAAGAUGAAGGAGCUCCCACUGGUGUCUUUGUUCUGCUCCUGUUUCCUGGCUGAUCCCCUGAGCAAGUCAGCCUAUAAAUAUGAAGGCUGGUGUGGGAGACAGUGUAGGAGAAAAGAUGAAAGCCAGCGGAGAGACAGUGCUGACUGGAGAGAAAGAAGAGAGCAGGCAGACACGGUGGACCUGAACUGGUGUGUAAUUUCCGACAUGGAAGUCAUCGAGCUGAACAAAUGCACCUCGGGCCAGUCCUUCGAAGUCAUCCUGAAGCCACCCUCCUUUGAUGGGGUGCCCGAGUUCAAUGCCUCCCUCCCCAGGAGGCGAGACCCAUCGCUGGAAGAAAUCCAGAAGAAACUAGAAGCGGCUGAGGAGCGAAGGAAGUACCAGGAAGCUGAGCUGCUGAAGCACCUGGCAGAGAAGCGAGAACAUGAGCGGGAAGUGAUCCAAAAAGCCAUUGAGGAAAACAACAACUUCAUCAAGAUGGCAAAGGAGAAACUGGCCCAGAAAAUGGAAUCCAACAAGGAGAACCGGGAGGCCCACCUUGCCGCCAUGUUGGAACGGCUGCAAGAGAAGGACAAGCACGCGGAGGAGGUGCGGAAAAACAAGGAGCUGAAGGAAGAGGCCUCCAGGUAAAGCCCAGAGGCAAAGAAGUUUCCAGAACGGCAGGACAGCUCCAGCGGCACAGCAGUUCCUGAGGCAGCCUCG